UGGCUAUCAAGGUGGUUGGGUACAAAUGAUGAACGUAAUAAAUCAUUUGGAAAUAAUUAAAAUUAUCAAUGAAAAGAAAACUUUAACUGACAUUACUUACUUUCAUUAUUUGUUUAUGUAUAAACAUUUAAUGAUAUAAAUAAUUGAGUACUGUCAGAUGGAGACAUUAGUAAUUUAUCAGCCGACUUGACUGAUAAAAAAAUUUUAAAACGACGUUGGAUCUGAUUUGAACAUAAAAAUGACAAUAAAAAAAAUUUGCGGCAUUGGUGCUGGGUAUGUAGGUGGACCAACAUGUAGUGUAAUAGCAUUAAAGUGUCCUGAUAUCCGUGUGACGGUUGUUGAUAAAAGCAAAGAGAAGAUAGCUCAGUGGAACUCGGAGAAACUGCCGAUUUAUGAACCGGGUCUGGAUGAAGUGGUGAAAAAAUGCCGAGGAAAAAAUUUAUUCUUCUCAACGGACAUUGAAGCUGCGAUACAGGAAGCUGAUUUAAUUUUUAUAUCUGUAAAUACACCGACCAAGACAUUUGGGAAUGGUAAAGGCCGUGCCGCUGAUUUGAAGUACGUUGAAAAUACAGCGAGAAUGAUAGCUAAGGACGCGACUGAUCAUACAAUUAUUGUAGAAAAAAGCACGGUGCCUGUUAAAGCUGCUAAAAGUAUUAUGAAUAUUUUACAAGCUAAUCAUAAGCCACGGGUUUCCUAUCAAAUACUUUCAAAUCCCGAGUUUUUAGCUGAAGGAACAGCAAUUGAUAAUUUAGUGAAUCCAGAUCGUGUCUUAAUUGGAGGUGAAGAUUCUUCGAAGGGACGUGAAGCUAUUGAUGAGCUCUGUAAUAUAUACGAGCACUGGAUUCCACGUGAUAAAAUCUUUACCACCAACACGUGGAGCUCCGAACUGUCUAAGCUGGCGGCUAAUGCAUUUUUAGCUCAGCGAAUAUCCAGUAUCAAUUCACUGUCUGCUGUGUGUGAAGGUACUGGAGCUGAUGUAUCUGAAGUGGCGAAAGCCGUUGGUUUGGACUCGCGAAUUGGUUCCAACUUUCUUCGAGCCUCAGUGGGUUUUGGUGGCUCUUGCUUCCAAAAAGAUCUACUCAAUCUUGUAUACAUAUGCGAGUGCCUCAAUUUACCAGAAGUUGCUGCUUAUUGGCAACAAGUGAUUAAUAUGAACGAGUACCAGAAGUCUAGAUUCUCGAACAAAAUCAUUGAGAGUCUUUUCAAUACUGUCACAGAUAAACAUAUCGCGAUACUAGGGUUCGCAUUUAAAAAAAAUACUGGAGACACUAGAGAAAGUCCUGCUAUCGCUGUGGCCAAUAACCUACUUGAUGAAGGGGCCGUUCUUCACAUUUACGAUCCCAAGGUAGAAGAAACUCAGAUAAUUGAUAAUUUAUCAGCUGUAAAUAUUGAUGACCUUAAAAAUCGUGUUAAUGUUUUUGGCAAUGCAUACAGUGCUACCAAGAAUACUCAUGCCAUUGUCGUAUGUACAGAAUGGGAUGAAUUUAUUGAACUGGAUUUCGAACGUAUCUACGCAGAAAUGACCAAGCCGGCGUACAUAUUCGAUGGUCGUAAAAUUCUAGACCAUGAAAAAUUACAAAAGAUUGGUUUUAAUGUCCAAACAAUUGGUAAACGUGUGUCACGAAUUGCCGUUUCAAGGACUUGGGGCAGCUCAAUACAGAUGUAAAUCUUUUAUAACUAAUUAAUUUUAAGUAGAAAUUGCAUUUAAGUGCAUUUUUUAUUAGUUAACUAUUGACGACGAUAGUCUAUCAUAAAGCAAUACUUAAAGCGAUUUCCUAGUAUAUUUAUAUAUGUUUUUAUCAUUUUUAUAAGUGUACUAAAAUUUAUUUAAUAAAUUAUCACAACCGUU